AUGACUAUCUUUGACGACAUCGGUGAUGCUGUCGGCAGCGCAGUCAAGGCUGUUGGCAGUACUGUUACAAGCCAGGCCACCGCGGCCCCCCGCAGAAUUGCCGUUUCUCUCGUCAACAACACCCAGCAGACAUUGACCUGGGUUGACUCUGGUGUCGAUCACGGCACCCGAGAUGCCCACGCACCCGACACAAUCGGGCCUGGCGGUACUGGAAACUGGGGUUUGAAGUCUGACGGGAUUCAGACAGGUUGUGAGGGCUGGAUGAAAUGGAGUAUUGGCGAUAACGGGCCUAUCGUGAGGCUGAAUUAUGAUAACCCAUACGUCGGGUCUAACUCUUAUUCUUACAGCGUUGAAUCGGCUCAGUAUACUAUUAAUAGGCAGGGCGGAACUAGUGAUUAUGCUACUGUUAAGUUUAUUAUGAGUAACAAGUAG